AUGCGCUUCUCCGCCCUCACCGCAGCUGGCCUGCUCGCCCUCCCCGGCGUCAGCGCCAACCUGCACGAGCUGGCCGUCGCCGCCGGCAAGAAGUACUUCGGCACCGCCACCGACAACUCGGAGCUCACCGACACCGCCUACGUCGAGAUGCUCAAGGACAGCAAGAUGUUUGGCCAGAUCACGCCCGGCAACGGCCAGAAGUGGCAGUUCACCGAGAAGAGCCAGGGCGUCUUCUCCUACACCUCGGGCGACGAGAUCGCGGCGCUCGCAAAGACCAACGGCCAGCUCCUCCGCUGCCACACCCUCGUCUGGCACUCCCAGCUCCCCAGCUGGGUCUCGUCCGGCACCUGGACCAAGGAGCAGCUGACGGCCAUCAUCGACACCCACGUGUCCAACGUCGCCGGCCACUACAAGGGCCAGUGCUACGCCUGGGACGUCGUCAACGAGGCCCUCAACGAGGACGGCACCUACCGCGACAGCGUCUUCUACAAGGUCCUCGGCACCGACUUCAUCCCCAUCUCCUUCAAGGCCGCCGCCACCGCCGACCCGGACGCCAAGCUCUACUACAACGACUACAACAUCGAGCUCGCUGGCGGCAAGCAGAAGGAGGUCCUCAACAUCAUCAAGAGCGUCAAGGACGCCGGCGCCCGCAUCGACGGCCUCGGCCUCCAGGCCCACCUCAUCGUCGGCAGCGCCGGCUCCCGCUCCGCCCUCGCCGCCGUCCUCAAGUCCUACGUCGACGCCGGCGUCACCGAGGUCGCCUACACCGAGCUCGACAUCCGCCACAAGGCCAUCCCCGCCGACGCCGCCGCCCAGGAGCAGCAGGCCACCGACUACGUCAGCGUCGUCGGCGCCUGCCUGGACGUCCCCGAGUGCGUCGGCGUCACCAUCUGGGACUUCACCGACAAGUACUCUUGGAUCCCCUCCGUCUUCCCCGGCACCGGUGAGGCCCUCCCCUGGGACGAGAACCUCAAGCCCAAGCCCGCGUACACCAGCAUCUCCAGCCUCCUCGCCGCCGCCGGCACCGGUGGCGCUGCCGCCCCUGCUACCUCUGCGCCCCCCGUCGCCGCCGCGCCAACCUCUGCUGCUGCCGCCGCGCCCACCAGCGAGCCUCCCGCCGCCGAGCCUACCCCCGAGAGCUCUGCCCCCGCCGCUCCCGCUGCUCCCACCGCCGCCGCCGCCGCAGCUGGCGGUGCCGCUCGCUGGGCUCAGUGCGGUGGCAUCGGAUUCACCGGCGCUACCGCCUGCCAGACGGGCCUCACCUGCGAGAAGCAAAACGACUACUACAGCCAGUGCGUUUAA